CAUUAACCAAUGGAGGCAGACGAUAUGUCGAUAUCCUUCAGCGGCAAAAACCGUAAACUUUGGAUGUCUUAUAGCAGAUUUUACCAAUAACUAAGGCAGUUUCACUACAAAUCCUAACAAAAUUUGAACAAAUUUGUGUGAACUUUUUUUUUUUUUGAAAAUUUUGGCAAGAGGCGUAUUCGGUGGGCGUCUCGAUGGCGCGAGGAUGUCCACAUGGUCAUGCGACCUCGGCCGCAGCGCGCAGCAAAAUUCCAAGCGAUGGGCGCGCGUCGCGUCGCGUCAAGCUCACGUGAGCCAUGGCGACCUCGACCAUGGAGAAAGUAUAAGCAAAGCCGCCCCCCGCCUUUCUCGCCUCCACGGCGAGCGCGAGGAGAAGCAACCGAGCCGAAGCGAGCCAUGGCUGGUGGGGUCGUCAUCGGCGUCGCGCCACCGGCGGCGGCGGAGGAGCCCGAGCCGCACGUCGAGCGGCUGCCGGCCGACCUCCUCGCGCACGUGCUCUCCCUCCUCCCAUCCUUCCACGACCUCUCCAUGGCGGGGGGAGUGAGCCGGCGGUGGCGCAGGGCGGUGGAGAGGUCGCUGGCGGGGCGGCGGCGGAUGAGCUUCGCGGGGCAGCGCACCGGCGACGACUCCACCGCGCGCUUCGUCCGCGCCGCCGUCAACCUCCGAGACCUCGACAUUUCACGAAGCUGCUGGGGCUGCCAGAUCACUGAUCAAGGAUUGAUCAGGAUUUCCACCGCCGAUUGCGUCAAGAACCUCACCUCCAUCUCUCUCUGGGGAUUGGCUGGGAUCACCGAUAAUGGCGUCAUCCAGCUGGUUUCAAGAGCGCAUUCUUUGCAGCACCUGAACAUUGGUGGAACAUUUAUCACAGAUGAAUCGUUGUAUGCAGUUGCAAAAAGUUGUAUAAAUCUGAAGAGCAUCAUAGUGUGGAGCUGCCGCCACGUGACGGAGGCCGGCCUGGUGGCGCUCGUCGGCGGCUGCCGGAGGCUGGAGUGCAUCAACGUCGGCGGGAUGAGGGUGCCGCCGGAGAGCUUCGCCGGACUUCUCGCCAUCAGACCGGCGCUGCAGAUCAGGUCCAUCCCUCAGAUCCUCAAUGCCAACGUCCAGGUCUCAUGAAAGACCUGAUGAAAAAUACCAUCCAUUUCAUAAAGUAAAUGGGAAAAAGAAAGAAAGAUUCGUGAAUGAUUCACUUUUGAAUCGAAUAAGAUUCAUGAAAGGGACUCGUGCUGUGUCUUGAUUCUUUGUGUUGUGUUGAUUUAUUGUUUUAUUUUACAUGACCCUUGCGUUGUGCUGAUGUGUUGUGUUGUGUAUAUUUUGGCUUGUACAUUAGUGCGCAUACAGAAAUACAGAAUAAAUGUAUACUAUACAGAUUUAUGGAUUCAUUAUUAUUUCUAUACGGAAAUUGAACGAGAAUUCUUUGCA